ACGACUCCAUGACUAAUAUAUCGCCCAGGUUACGGUUUUUGUUCUUUUUUUGGUUUCGUCAGAAUUAAUCAUGGAAUUAACAUAUAAAAGAUGCAGAAUCUUUUGAAUGAAGUUUAGUUAAAAUUUGGCCGGGCCAAUAAACUGUUUCUCGGCUUGGUCCGUGGAUAAGUGACUGAAGAAACGUUCUUUUGGAGGAUCUUUUUCUUGGAAGAAAGUGCUGUUCCUUACAGGAUAGAAAGUGAUUUUUAAGGAAUUUAUUAGUUAAUUUAGAUAUUUUAUAGAAAAUGAAGUAUUUGGCUCAUUUAAGUGUAUUCACUGUGAUAGUAGUGUUAAUAACAUUUUGUGGAGUUUGUGCAGACGAUGCUGCACACCAGGGAGGAUGUUACGAUGAAGACACCAACCAUUUUUGGCCCACUGGGCAGUCAUAUAACCCAAUAGGUCACUGUAUAAGUAUGAACUGCAUUAGUGACGAUGGAGUGUUUGAUGCGUUACCAUGUGCAACAUACCUUCAACCUGAAGGUGAGUGUGAAGUGAUAGAUGAGGACUUAACGAAACCAUAUCCAGAUUGCUGCCCAACAAUGAAAUGCAAGGAAAAAGAAAAGGAAGAGGCAUCCGAAGCACCAGUAACGGAGGGUGUAGCUGGGGAGUAACUGAAGUUCCAAGAAACAUCAAAAUAUUUUUUUAUAGUUAGACCCUAUUUAUACAAGCGUAGGUGUACAUAUAUUAUUAAAAUGGCUGUUUUAUACGG